GCAGCAGUAUUGGUUUGGCAGCCCUCACUUUCCUUCUCUACGACCACCUCAUUACAUUGGCGGAAGAGGUCACGUAUAUAUGGGCUCAUCCAAGGCAUACAUCCGCGAUCUUAUUCCUCAUCAACCGGUAUCUUGGGUGUUUCUUGGCAGUCACACAAACAGUGAUGCUAUUUGUCAUUAUGUCACCAGAGGUAUGCAUCCAGUACACCCACUACCGUCGAGUAUUGAUCUUCAUGAAUCAAGCCAUCGUGUGCACACUUUUCAUUAUUCGCACAUACGCACUAUACGGUGGAAAUAAACGCCUCCUUGCGUUUCUUCUCUUCACCUCUCUCGCUCUGGUAUCCCCAGUAGCUUGGUCCCUUUCACGUCAGCAGGGAACGUCGGCAACCAACAUACCUGGAUGCCAGAUGAUCUACAACACUAACACCGCCAUCCAUCUUGCUAUACCUCCGGAAGCGCUAUGCAUAUUCGACACAUUGAUAUUUGUGUUGACAGUGUAUAAGACAUUCAAGGUCGGUAUGCGAUCCAAAGCACACUCGAAACCCAACUUGGUUAUGCUCCUUCUUCGUGAUGGUGCCAUUUAUUUCGUGUGAGUUGUUGGAUCCUUAGGC